UGCACCGACCAUACUGCUGCACAUAAAUCCAAGGUUUUUUCAACUGUACAUUAUUGUGUCGUCUAGUAUUAGGCUCGUUAUCAAAUGAUCACCACUUGUGUUGAACAAUGUUUAAACAAUACGAAUUUAUAAAUGGAUUAACAAACUAGUAAUUGGAACUUAUUAGUAUUUGAUUCGCGUUUAAUGCAAAUAAAACCAGGUAUAGAUUGUAUUGAUUGAAACCGUAAAUUAUUAAUGCUAUACAAGGAUAUCUUUAAGCGAGAAAAAUCAAGUUUUUCGUUAUAAAUGGGAAUAGAACAUUUUUCAUUUUCUAAUUUUUCUUGCGUGUUGAUGUGGUGUAUCAUAGUCUUUAUUUGUCAUUGACUAAUGAAUACAGGUAAUAAAUUGUUAAAGGAUAUUUGGGUGUAGUUUGUCGUUGUUGUUUUUAUAUUUUAAUCAGUAAAAUACUCCAGCCUUGGUGUAUGGAAAGGUAAUGAUACGAUGAUGUGUAAAAUCAAAUUAAUGUAUCAGGCGUUUUUCGUAUUUUGAUAACAGUGUGAUAAUUAUUAAGCUUUUGAACAUUUUAAAUAUUUCAGAUGUAGCUACUAAGGGGGAUACUAAACUGAAAUAGGAAAAGAAGAACUCUAUAAAUUCCAGAGUCGAAUGUCAAACGUGAUAAGACUAGACCAAUAUUUCAGAUGUAGCUACGAAGGGGGAUACUAAACUGAAAUUGAAAAAGACGAACUCCAUAAAUUCCAGAGUCGAAUGUCAGACGUGAUAAGUCUAGACCACACUCUAAUGGAUAUUGCUGUAAAAGAAAAUUUUGAUAGUGACACACAUGUCAAUUCUGAAACUGAAUCCGAAACUGAAAGGACAUUAACGCCUGAAGAGCUUGAUAAAGAUAGCACUUCAGUGAGACUUAAUGAUGAACAAAAACCGGACACUAGCACAGAUGUCCAUUCAGAAAUAAAAGAAAUAAUGGAAGACACUCAAACUGAACAGACGAAAAUGUCAGAAGAACCUGACAGAGAGAGAACGGUGGGGCCUAAUGUUGAACAAACAAUUGAUACUAGCACACGAGUCCAUUGCGAAACAGAAGCAGAAACUGAAACUGAAAAGACGAUAACACCAGAAGAGUUUAAUAAAGAGAGCUUCAUAGAGGAGGGAUUAAAUGAUGAACAAAAACCUAAUACUUGCACACAUGUCGAUUCAGAUAUAGAUGGUGAGACUGAAACUAGACAGACGAUAAUGUCAGAAGAGCUUGACAAAAAUAGGGCUCCAUUGGGGCUUGAUGUUGAUCAAACAACUGAUACUGGCACAGAUGUCCGUUCUGAAAUAAUGGUAAAAAAUGAGCAAACGAUAGUGCAAGAAGAUCUUGGUAAAGAUAGUGAUAUAGUGGUACCAAUCGAGGAAGAAAACCUUGAUAAUGACAAACUAGCCCAUGUUGAAGAGAAUGAAGAACCUGAAGUUACAAAUGAGAUAGUGUCAGAAGAGCUCGAUAAAGAUGUAUGCACUCUUGUGGGGCGUAAUGAUGAACAAAAACCUGAUAUUAAUAUACAUGUACAUCCUGAAAUAAUGGAAACAUCUGUAACAACUGAAACUGAACCGGCGAUAAUGGAAGAAGAACUUUACUCAGACAAGUCUUCAGAUGGGCCUAAUGUUAAACAAAGUUCUGAUACUGACACAAAUGGCCAUUCUGGAGCAGGUGUAGAAUCCAAAACUGAACAGACGAUACUUUCAAAAAAGCUUGAUAAGAAUAGCACCUCCUUGGUGGGACGUAAUGAUGAACAAAAAUCGAAUGCUGGCACAAAUGUGGUAGAAACUGAAACCGAACAGAUGAUAAUGUCAGAAGAGGUUGACAAAGAGAGAGAACAAGAUUGGAUAUUUGAAAAGCCAAUGUGUUUAAUAUCAUCCAACAAUGGACGUCUUGAAGUUGUAGACGACACAGUCAGGGCGUUAGAGAAAAUUGAGAUGCCAUUAAAUGUUGUAGCAAUAGCUGGACUUUAUAGAACAGGUAAAUCCUACCUGAUGAAUCGAUUGGCUGGAAGAAACUCUGGGUUCCUGAUGGGUAGCUCAAUAGAGUCAUGUACUAAAGGUAUUUGGGCAUGGUGCAGACCACACCCUAAAAAACAAAAUGAAGUAUUAUUGUUACUUGAUACUGAAGGUUUAGGAGAUGCUACAAAGGGUGAUAUCGACCAUGACAAUAAAAUAUUUACUCUGACUACUUUAAUCAGCAGCACGUUAGUCUACAAUGUGAUGUCAGCUUUUAAUCAAGAUGCAGUUGAGAAACUAACGUAUCCUUUUCUGCUUUGA